AACCAAACAAAGCCACUGUAUAUUUCCCUUGGGCAUCAGCAAUGUUUCCCGAAUGAACGUCCAUUCCCACACUACUGCGAAGAAUGUGUAGGUGACGUGAAUCACGACAGUGGUGUGUGCCUCUGUGCUCCGGGAUACAUAGCGAGCGAUGACAACCCCGGCUACUGUAUUCCUUGUCCUCCAGGAACAGGGGGCCUUCAUUGCGGGCUCAAAACUCGAUGCGGCCUGAAUGACUCAUGCAAUGGCAGAGGGAUAUGCAGCAUUCCAAGUGGACUCUGCGACUGUCAAUUUGGCUGGGCAGGCGAAGCAUGUGAAAAGCCCUGUGACGUGGCCUAUCAGCAUUACGCCAAGCUGUCAGAGUGCAAGUCCGACUGCUCGGAGAUAUGCUCCGGUCACGUGUCCUGCAUGUUGGAGAUACCCGGGGUACCGGCGGACAUGCCCUGCCUCUGCCCACCCGGGUUGAAUGUCCCCCCGCCGAAGGGUCACGACCAGAAUCUAAAGCAGAAGUAUUUAUGCUCUGAGCAUUGCACUGGAGAUCGUUAUGGACACAACUGUAUGCACAGAUGCAACUGCACACGAGGUGUAUGCAAUAACCGCAUCGGCUGUGUAUGUCCAGAUGGAUACAUGGGAAUAAACUGUGACCAGAAAUGCGCGAAGAAUUACUAUGGCCCACAGUGCCGCAAAAGCUGUGAUUGUGCCGAGGGGUGUCAUCCAUCCACCGGCGUCUGCAAUCCAUGUGAAGACCCACGGCAUGGCAAUGGAACUGUGUGUGUUCACUGCAACUGCAAUUCCAAUCCCGACGAACUGUCAGUAUGUAUAGCAACCCAGUUUGAGUGCGGGUGUGUGGCAGGCUAUCGGCGUGACAACGGGAUCUGCGUGCCGUGCCAGGAAGGACGCUAUGGCAAGAACUGUUCCAAACGGUGCGAUUGUCAACACAAUGAAGGCUGUCACCCCAUGACAGGCAUAUGUAGACACGAAGGCGCUGCGUCAACAACAGUGGAAGUCACGCCAGCAACGACGUUGGUCUCAACGCCUAGUUACCCCGGUCGUGGCACCAACAUCAUCAGCUCUGCCAGUGAAGUUCCACCGAGUACAACUAACUCUAGAAUCCUAACAGCUACCCUGCUCCAAACCCAAGCUCCCAUCACUAGUGCUGAGCGCAACGGACAGCCACGACAAACAUUACGGCAAACAGUCGGUUAUGUCACCCCCGCACACCCAAGCUACUCAGCAAUUAUCUCCCAGAGUGAUGGCAGCAACAGCAUCAGCCCUGGUGAUGAAGAUGCACUGCGAACAACCGAUUCUAACACGGGACGAACUACCCUGCCCGAAAUCGCAGCUCCAUACUCAACCACUAGCAGCCACUCAGAAACAGCAGGUGCAACUCCCAACACGAACACCACCAGCAACUCAGAAGCAGCAGAUACAUGGGAUCCCUCAAGCACACUGGACAGGACCAGUCUCCUUUGGCUGGUUGGUUCGUUUGCCACAUGCUUUCUCUGGGCCCUGGCGGUCAUUGCAGUCCUGCUGGUGCGUAGUAGAUGUCGGCGUAAGGGGAGACGGGAGAGCAAGAGCAGUGUCUACAUUGCAAGCUAUGGCUCACCGAGUACAACAAGCGACACCAGAACGCAAGGGAGUGUGCGAAGCAGGGAUCUGAACAUGGAAGACCGCAUCAGUGCAAUGUGGACAAGCUCCGACAAUGGCAAUGUUAGGAUGUUGAGCAUAAAUUCAAGCGAGUCGUCGCUGUCCACACUGCACAGCCCGUCGUUCACUGACUUUUCCCUGUCGUCCGGCCUCAGCCAAUCGCACCAUUCGUUGCUCGAGAGAACCUGCAGUGCGUCUGGUAGUACUAACACGGUCCGCAGCGAGUGCUCCGAUCUAGGCGAUGGGACCUAUAGCGUUGCCUACAGCUCAGCUCUCCAAGGAAGGCAAGUGAAGACCUGA